AUGUUUGCAAACUUUGCUUCGAUUUCCGACUCUUUUCGCCAAAAGGCGUUCAGACGUCACGUGACAUCACUGACCACUGCUGACCACUGCUUCUGCGCUUUUGUGGACUCUUCGCGCGAUUCCCGUUUGCGGCUCUUCUCGACGCCGAUUUCGGNAUCACUGACCACUGCUGACCACUGCUUCUGCGCUUUUGUGGACUCUUCGCGCGAUUCCCAACGAGUUCUCGUUUCGGGAAAACACUGUUUUGUUUCCGAACUUCGCUUCCAUUCGGCGCUCAUUGACGUCACGAACACGACUCUCGACGACACGCGCGCGCCGACUCACUCUCGGCGCGUGUUUUCCGCGUGUUCGGCGCAGACUCACGCGCGAGCCAAAUUGGAGAAAACUGUUCGAAAAAAAGACCAAAAGCGCGCUCUGUCCGCCGUUCGCGGCAUGCGCGUUCUCUGCAUUCUCGUCGGUCACGUCUAUUUGAUGCAAUUCUUCCACAUCUUUCACGUGAUGCGCCGUCUGGUGGCAGAGAUGCCGAGACUCGCGCAAAUCCAAUGUCAACCCUUGAAAAUGGGUUCUUUCCUUCAAGUGGACACUUUCCUCUUCCUCGGCGGAGUGACCGCCGCUUACGUCACUCUCGACGUGACGUCACGCACGAAGAGGCGCUUCGAUUGGUUCGCGUUCCUGGCGUUGCGAUGGUUGCGCUACACGCCGUGUGGGCUCGUGCUGUUCUACCUGCUGCUGCCGCUGUUCGCCGCUGUUCCAUUUCCCAGCAACAAAUCCAACAAAUAUGGCGGCACCAACAGAAGCGCCGCGCGGACCAAUCAGAUGGUUCGCACUGCUUCUGGACUCUCGCGACACGCAUUGCUGGACGAGAGCGAAGAGUGA